GUGAAGGGUGAGGAAGAGGAGGAGAACACCUUGGAAGUGAGAGAGACUAAAGUUAAGGGCAAAAGUGGAAAAUUCUUCUCUGUGAAGCUGCCGUCUCCUCUGGCACCAGGAGCCAAGAGCCGUGUGUCUCUUGAAAUGGUUUUCACGCACGUCCUGCAGCCUUACCCCACCCACAUCACCCAAAGCGAGAAGCAGUUUGUGGUGUUUGAAGGAAAUCACUAUUUCUACUCACCCUACUUCACCAAGACCCAGACGACCCGGGUCAAACUGGCCUCGAGGAACGUGGAGAGUUACACCAAGCUGGGCAACCCUUCCCGCACAGAAGAUGUGAUUGAGUACGGCCCCUUCAAAGACAUCCCUCCGUACAGCCAGGACACUCUGAAGGUGCACUAUGAAAACAACAGCCCCUUCCUCACCAUCACCAGUAUGACCCGAGUCAUCGAGGUGUCUCACUGGGGGAAUAUUGCUGUUGAGGAGACGGUUGAUUUAAAGCAUACAGGAGCAGUGCUGAAAGGGCCUUUCUCCAGAUACGACUACCAGAGACAGCCAGACAGCGGGAUCUCUUCUGUCAAGUCUUUCAAGACCAUUCUCCCAGCUGCCGCUCAGGACGUCUAUUACCGAGAUGAAAUUGGAAACAUCUCCACCAGCCACCUCCUUGUCCUGGAUGAUUCUGUGGAGAUGGAGAUCCGUCCCCGCUUCCCGCUUUUUGGGGGAUGGAAAACCCAUUACAUCAUCGGCUAUAACCUGCCAAGCUACGAAUACCUCUACAAUCUUGGUGAUCAGUAUGCCCUGAAAAUGAGGUUUGUCGACCACGUGUUUGAUGAGCAAGUUACGGACUCUCUGACUGUCAAGAUCGUCCUGCCAGAAGGUGCCAAGAGUAUCCAUGUGGACAGCCCCUAUGAAAUCAAUCGUGCUUCAGAUGAGCUUCACUACACUUAUCUGGACACUUUUGGACGUCCAGUUAUUGUGGCACACAAGAGCAACCUGGUGGAGCAGCACAUCCAAGACAUCGUGGUUCAUUACACCUUCAACAAAAUCUUGAUGCUGCAGGAGCCUCUGUUGGUGGUUGGAGCCUUUUACAUCUUGUUCUUCACUGUGAUCGUCUAUGUGAGGCUGGAUUUCUCCAUCACUAAGGAUCCAGCUGCUGAAGCCAGGAUGAAGGUUGCCUGCAUCACAGAGCAAGUGCUCACUCUGGUGAACAAGAGACUCGGGCUGUACCGGCACUUUGAUGAAGCCGUGAAUAAAUACAAGCAGUCACGGGACAUCUCCACCCUGAACAGUGGCAAAAAGUCUUUGGAGACGGAGCACAAGGCCCUGACAAAUGAAAUAGCCUCUCUGCAGUCCAAACUGAAGACAGAAGGCUCUGACUUAUGUGAUAAAGUAAGUGAAAUUCAGAAGCUCGAUGGCCAAGUCAGAGAGCUCGUUCUGAAGUCCUCAGUUGAAGCUGAGCGGCUGGUGGCUGGCAAGCUCAAGAAGGACACGUACAUCGAGAAUGAGAAGAUGCAUUCCAACAAGCGCCAGGACCUGGUCACCAAAAUUGACAACAUCCUUGAUGCACUGUGACCAGGUGGAGGGGGGAGGUAUGAAGGGAAAUGAGAAGAAGAUACACUGGGAGUGGAUACACUUUGAGCCAAAACUCCUUCCCAGCAAAAUUAGGGGCAAAGUUUGUGAAAUGUCUGAAAGUAUAUUUGUUUUUAUAUUUUUCUAUAGAGCCUGUCUGCUCAGCAACAUGUGCUGUGCAAGGGACCACGAUAUCUUGCUCUUUGGCUGGGUAACAGGGUUUCUUUAACAGAGGUGAGACUCAGUCAGGUUAUAGA